CGGGUGGGGCCGGGCCGUUGGUUUCCAGGGCAAACGUGGCGUCAUUGGCGGUGAAGGGUGAAAGGUCGGGGAGCAGCUGGCUGGGUGUUGGCUGCUGCUGGCGGAGGCGCUGCGGCUGCGGUGCCCGCGGCUCGGGAGCGCCGCGCAGGCAUGGAGUUGGAGACGGCGCUGGAGGCCGUGAGGGGGCGCGGCGGGGCUGAGGGCCUCGAGCGGGUCCUGGGCCGGUACAACGAGAAGAAUAGGGCCACUUUCAAAUUUGAUCCUGCAGAUGAGGAUAAAAGAAAGAAACUGUGUGAAGGAAUCUUACACAUCCUCGAAAAAGACACAAAAACUUCAUGUCAAGUUGCCUGUCUUGAAGCCCUUCGGAUUCUCUCCAGAGAUAAGAAGGUUUUAGUGCCUGUGACAACAAAGGAAAACAUGCAGAUCCUGAUGAGGCUGGCAAAGCUGGACAUGACAGAAGAUUCUUUGGAGGAUGUGUCCAAUUUCCCUAUUAUAGUGGAAGCUUUAAAAUGCCUCUGUAACAUAGUUUUUAAUAGUGCUAUUGCACAGAAGCUCAGUUUGGAACUGAACCUUGCAGCUAUGCUUUGCAAUCUACUGAAAAAAUGCAAGGACCAACAGUUUGUUGAUGACAUUAAAUGUUUUGAUUUGCGCCUUCUCUUCCUCCUGUCACUUCUGCACACAGAGAUUCGGUCACAGUUGCAUCAUGAGCUACAAGGGUUGCAGGUUUUGACGCAAGCCUUGGAAAGUUCAUUUAGCAUAAGAUGGACAGACAAGUACAAAGCUGCUGAAGAGCAUGAUGGAUCUCCUUUAUCGCUACAAGAAACAGAUUGUGCCAUUGAGGCACUCAAAGCUCUCUUUAAUGUGACGCUCGACAGUUGGAAUGUCCACAGUGAGAAUGAAUCUCAUCAAUUUCGUUAUAUGGCUGCCAUCCUUCGCCACUGCUUAUUAACCGUGGGCCCUACUGAAGACAAAACUGAAGAAUUGCACAGUAAUGCAAUCAACCUUUUAAGCAAUAUUCCAGUUUCUUGUUUGGAUGUUCUCAUUAAUCCAUCAACCCAAGAAGAAACAGUUUUGAAAUAUAAUGGUAUGAAUAUGGAUGCCAUUCAAGUGUUGCUGGAUUUCAUGGAGAAAAGAAUAGACAAGGGAAGCAGCUACAGAGAGGGUCUGACUCCAGUUCUCAGUUUACUAACAGAAUGUUGUCGAGCUCAUCGGAACAUCAGGAAGUUUAUCAAAGCUCAGGUAUUGCCUCCAUUAAGAGAUGUAUCAAAUCGUCCUGAAGUUGGCACAACAGUGAGAAACAAACUUGUGCGCCUUAUGACACAUGUCGACCUUGGAGUAAAGCAAAUUGCAGCAGAAUUCCUUUUUGUCCUUUGUAAGGAGAGAGUUGACAACUUGUUAAAGUAUACAGGCUAUGGUAAUGCAGCAGGCCUGCUGGCAGCAAGGGGCCUGUUAGCAGGAGGAAGGGGAGAUCAUUGGUACUCCGAUGAUGAAGAUACAGACACUGAAGAAUAUAAAUCUGCAAAGCCAAAACUCUCUCAAAGACACAUGUUAAAAAAUGUGCAGAUUCCGGCCUCUUUUGGCCCUCCUAUUGGAAAAUCUCCUGGAGUUCACAUUAAUCUUAUCACUGGCCAUGUAGAGGAGCCAAUGCCCAACCCUAUGGAUGAAAUGACAGAAGAACAAAAAGAAUAUGAAGCCAUGAAACUUGUCAACAUGUUUGAUAAACUUUCCAGGACUUGUCUUCACUACCGGGAGAUCGACACUUCUGCAGUUGAUGCAGCAGGUGUCGAUUUAGCGGGUCUAGUGAAGCAUCUCCUGUCAACACGGUGCAGUGAAGACACCGCGGGAUGAGGUUAUAAAACCAAUGGGAGUUCGACCGGAUGGCACGAUGACUCCUUUGGAAGAGACAAUCUGCCAGUACCAAACCAAUGAGCAAGACAGUUCAGAUUCAGACUAAAGCAUCACCUGCUUCUGUCAAUAUCUCCUUUAAUCAGCAUCUUCCCUCAGAGCCUCGACAUCUUUUAUCUACACAUUCUACCCUCUCAUUAGCCAACAUCACUUUAAGUCUUAUUAUUGGGAUAUUUGAAUGAUGGAUCUUGUGGUGUAAUCUCUGCAUUUUUAUUAAUCCAUUUAUAUAGGAACAAAUGAUCAGUUUAUUAAUUGUAAAGCAAAUUGUAUUUCAGUGAGAUGAAAAUAAAAGAUUGCAAUGCAAAAAAA